AUGGUUAAGGAAACUCCAUUACACUCAUCUUCAUCAACUUCGCUGUCUUCAUUAUUUAGGCCAACUAAGUUGAAGAAUUUAUCGGCUAAAAUAUUCAAUGGAGGUGGUAACCAAUCAUACUCAAAGACAGAUGAUGUUUCAAGGUCUUCUUCUAGAUCUUCAAAAAAGAAUACAGAUUCUGACCAAGAGGAUCAAAUAAAGUAUAACAAACCCAACGACCGAAGAUCUACCAUAGGAAAGAGCCCCCAGGGAAAUGGCGCGUUGUCAAAGGAGUCACACGUAGUAGCAAGUUCUACUUUGACAGGUAUUUCUCCUACUUCAGCUAAAAAAGCUCCUAUUGACUACUCUCCUUCACGGCCCUUACCUAACAAUCAUAAUCCCGUUCGUACGGGACACACUGUGCCCCACUUACCCCAUAGUAUUCACAAUCCAAUAAACUACAUUCAUCAAGGCUCAAAAGAUGCUUUCCACCAUCCUCACCCCGUUCGCUCUACAGCUCAUAGCAACAUUUCUACAGUGUCUUCUGCAAAAUCUGAUACACCCUCUUCGAAUUUAUCAUACCAGGCACAUAUGCAUCCCGUAGAGAUACUACAGAAACAGAUUGAAGACAAACACUUCAUGGACUCUCAAGCCUCCACCCCUGGGUCCGUGGAACUACAGCAUAAUUCUUCAAGCGGUAGUGAUGAUACCUCAUCAAGAAAGAAAAAAUCCUUGAGAUUAACAAGAUUUUUCAAAAAAAUUCAUAAUGAUUAUCACGAUAACCAUCAUCAUCACCACCAUCACAACCGUGGAUCCACCCCUACAAAACCGAAGCUCAAUUUGAACACCAAUGAAAAUAUAGUAGAAAGUAACGGAAAAGCGUUAUACGAAACAGAUAACCCAGUGGAGCUAUUAGAAAAAUAUGGUAUUCCUGGUAGAAAAUUAGGCGAAGGAGCUUCCGGUUCAGUGUCCGUAGUAGAAAGAACAGACGGCAAGUUAUUUGCUUGCAAAAUGUUCAGAAAACCACACUUAAACAAUGAAGGAACUAAUCAGUCUCAAUUAGCUAAUUAUUCUAAGAAGGUUACCACUGAAUUUUGUAUUGGUUCCACGCUGCACCACGAAAAUAUCGUUGAAACCCUAGAUAUGUUGACUGAAGGUGACACCUAUUUAUUAGUAAUGGAGUAUGCGCCAUAUGAUUUUUUUAAUCUCGUCAUGAGUAACCUAAUGACACAAGAUGAAGUCAACUGUUACUUCAAGCAGCUGUGCCACGGCGUUAAUUACCUGCACUCUAUGGGCUUAGCUCAUAGGGAUUUAAAAUUGGACAAUUGUGUCGUCACUAAAGAUGGCAUCUUGAAACUGAUUGACUUUGGGAGCGCUGUAGUGUUCCAAUACCCUUACGAAGAUACCAUUGUAAAAUCACAUGGAAUCGUGGGUUCUGACCCUUAUUUGGCUCCUGAGUUAUUGAAACAAACAUCCUACGAUCCAAGAGUAGCAGAUGUGUGGUCUAUCGCUAUUAUAUUUUACUGUAUGGUCCUUAAAAGAUUUCCUUGGAAGGCUCCAAAAAAGAGCUUCAACUCAUUUAGGUUAUUUACUGAGGAACCUGAGGACGAAGAUGAUAUAGUUCGGGGGCCAAAUAAAAUAUUAAGGCUACUGCCAAGACAUUCACGGACAAUAAUAGGCAGAAUGUUGGCUUUAGAACCAAAGCAAAGAGUUUUAAUGAAUGACGUGGUAAAGGAUGAUUGGCUUGUAUCCGUCCCCUCCUGUGAAGUUGACCCUACAUCUGGCGAUUUGGUUGAAAAACCAAAGAAUCAUAAGCAUCACUUGGUCACUGAGGAGGAGUUGAAUGAGCUGACCAAGCAACACGGGAAUAAAGAUUCAAAUUAA